AUGGACAGAAGGUGGAUACAGAACCCGAACAGAUGCGCAGACGAAUACUUGGAUGGAAUCGAGGAUUUUAUUGAGUUUGCACGUAGACACAACCCAGGUGCAACUAGAAUCCGUUGUCCUUGUAGGAGGUGCAACAACACGUUAUGGGAGACAAUUGAAAAUGUUGGAUUUCAUUUAGUAAGGAAUGGAAUGAUUGAGACAUAUAGCAUUUGGAACCUUCACGGGGAACAAUUAGAGCAUGCUUCGUCUUCAAAUGCCACAAGAGUGGACAAUGUUCAACCUAUUGUGGAUGCUAAUGAUCAAGUCAUGGAUAUUAUACAGGAUGUUUUUCCAUUUGCAUCGACCAACAUGAAUCAAGAAGAGCAAGAUGAUGUGCCUACACCAAUAGACAGUGCGGAGUUUGAACAAUAUGAGAAAUUGUUAAAAAAUGCCAACCAAGAGUUAUAUCCGGGGUGCGAGAGCUUUUCCGUUCUCACGGCCAUUGUGGAGCUAAUGCAUGGAAAAAUAAAGUAUCGUAUGUCGAACCUGUGUUUCGAUUACUUUUUGGGGGUUUUCAAGAGAAUGCUUCCGACGGACAAUUAUUUGCCGAAAGACCAUAAACAGGCGCAGAAGGUGUUGAAUGGUCUUGGAUUGGGUUAUGAAAAAAUCCAUGCUUGCAAAAACAAUUGCAUGUUAUUCUACAAAGAGCAUGAAUCGUUGGAUACAUGUCCUAUAUGCAAUGAGUCGAGGUUCAAGAUGACAUCUCAGAAUAGGACGACUAAGAUCCCACAAAAAGUCAUGCGUUAUUUGCCCCUGAAACCUAGGUUGCAGCAAUUGUAUAUGUCGACGCAUACUGCCACAGACAUGAGAUGA